CACAGAACAACUCUGGACACACAGCAGGCUCUUCUUCCUGUUUACAUGUCAAAUGUGAAACAGAAGUUUUGUCAACAGAAGGCGGGCGAACUCCAAUAAUGUAAUCUCCGGCCCUGCAGGCUAAUCUGCAAGGAAAUGGCCGAGACAAGUCCUUUGUUGGGCAACCAGAUUUCUGGGCAACCACCGGAGGACCCAGACCUUCUGUCUGCAAACCUGAGGCCGAGGCACCAGCAGCUGAUCCCGACACCAUGUGGACCGAGGAAGCCCUGGUCGGAGCUAUCGUGGCUGCUCAAGCUCUACUACUGCUUCACCGUAGCGUCUCUGCUGGCGCUGCUCGGCCUCGCCCUGUCCAGCAUCCUCAAGCAGCGCAUGGACACGGAUGUGACUGAUGAGGACAACUUCACUGUGUCUCUCAUCCAGUUUGUUGGAAUAUCGUUCUGCAUCUACUACAUCAGCCGGGGAGUGUUGCAGGAGAACAAGCAGGAGCUGGUGGUGUUUGUGCUCAGCGUGUUGUUGCUGAUGGUUCGAUCGGUGGUCAACUACUUGGUGCUGGAGUCAAAGAGCAAGCAGGAGCUGCUGGCUCGUUUUGUGUGCAUCAUGUGUCUGGGCAUAAUCCACGUCUUCUGCACCACGAUGCUCAUCAAGAGGCGCAACAUGAUGGCGUUCCGUGUGGGCGGCGCCUUGGAUUCUCUCCAGGAGCAAUACUUCCUGCUCAACCUGUGUUUCUCCAUGGUGACCUUUGACCUUCAGGCUCAGUUGUGUCUCUGUAUCCUCAUCACAACAUCGGACUCGGCCAUGUCUGCUCCCAACAUCAUCAUCCUGGGAGUCGGAGUGGUGUGGGCCUGCCUGACAGCCACUGUCGGAGCUGUUGCGGUUUUAAAGGAAGCCAAGGUGUUAGUGUGGGUCUUCAUGGUGCAGAACCUUCCUCAACUAGCCUUCUUUGUUUAUCUGAUGUACGAGGUGGGAAUGAAAUGGUUCCAGGACAGCACGUACAGCACGUACACCCUGGAGGCUGCUGCCGUCACAGGAGCUUUGAUUUCACUGGCGAUUAAAGGAGUUUUAUUCUGGGGCCUCAUCAGAUUGGUGCACAGCUUUGGCCAAGGCCUGAGAGAGAGGAUGUUUGCAGACAGCAAGUGUUAAAACAUCCGAUGGUCGUGGUCCAAGGAUACAGCUGCACGCUGAGGCCUAACAUCAAGAAGCUUUUGCACUGGGCUGCUAUGGAGCUCAUAUUAUUCAACUCCACAAAAAAAGUAUCAGUCAGCUGACAUAGUUUUUCUUUUUUUUAUCUGAUGUGCUGAUUACAGUAUAUUGUAUUUUAGCGAACACUUCUUUCUAACAUAUCUACAGGACGUCAAAGCAUCACAACUGAAACUACAUCAAGUGCCUUUGCCGGGUGGAAUCAUGAUGGCUUUUAAUUAGUUUUUGCUGUAAUAUACAUUGUAAUAUCAUAAUCUGUUGGUGUUAACUGUGUAAACGCCAAAGGUUAUUUUAAGAGGCCAACAUCUUCCAUCUCAAAAGAAGCUUUUAUCUUGAAAGGGCUUUUGUUUUCUUCCUGUAAAUUACAACGAAUGACUGACUUUAGUUUGCUUUUGUAAACGUCUAACUUAGAUCCUGUGACCUGCAUUGUCUUGACUACUCCUUUUUUUUACUUACUCAAGAUUCUUAAUAAAAUACCAAAACAAGA